UAAAAACACAGGGUCCUCGGUGGAAGGACCCCGCUGAGAGGUAAACAAGAGAUGAAGCUUUAAUUAAGAGACAGCAAUCGGUAUUAGUUGAAUUUACUUGGCGUGUGACGACGUGUAACCGGUCGUGGGGUGAUGGCAGAUGAUAAUGAGCUGGAAAAACGUGCGGUAGAGGAGCUCCUCAGGGAGACUGACAGAGCUCGGCUGAGAGCAGAGACGAUGGGCCCUGCAGGAUGGUUGAAGUGCCCUCUAAGGAGCACCAACAAACGCUUCCUCCUCAACACCCUGCGCUCCACUGGCCUGCAGCGGCGCAGCGGUGAGUCCAGAGCCGGACACUCCACCACAAGAGGGCGCCUGAGGAGCGAGUCCCCAGAGAGGAGCAGGAGCAGGAGCAGAACACCUACCAGAGAGCCCAGGAGUAAUGGAGGCCACAGAGACCAUAAACAUCAUCACAGAGACAGCCGCAAAAACAAAGAUAAGAAGCUGGAUAGACACAGAGACGACAGAGACAGAAGACACGUCGAUAAACAGAACACAGACAAAGACAGACACAGACAAAGACAGACACAGACUUGAUGGGUAAUUGUUUGUUGAGGAGCUCUGCUUCUCCAGAGACCAGAGGCACAGAGGUGGACUUGAAACUGAGCUCCUGCCGGAUUAAACACCUCAGAGCUGCUGACAGGCUGAGAGAAUCUGUCCUGCUCAUCUGGAGCGUUGGAAGGAGACAGAAAACUUUAUUUUCCUGCUGUUAAAAAGGGACUAAAUAGAGGAGUUUGGCUUGUCUUUUGAGGUUCAGUAAGCGGUAUUUGAUCCCCAGUAGCAGCCAACAUAAAAUCAUUUUUAUGUUCUUUUUUGGCUUUUCAGUAAAGUCUGGGUGAAUAAAAUGUCAAAUGGC